AUGUCGUACUAUCCAAAUCAUCAUCGACUUGCUCUCUUCUCACUCAAGCCUCUGAACAAACAAGCGCAAAAGGUCGUCAAUCAUCCUUUGAACCAACACCUUACUUCGAAGUUGCCUGAUGGAACAACUGUCCUCGACAUUGGCUUCCAGAUACGGUCACGAUCCCAGCGCACGAUCGCAACACUAGGACGUGCAGAUGCGGACAUCUUUGUAGAGGGCACCGCCAUCUCCAGGCUCCAGUGCUCUUUUGAAAUCGAGCCGACCACCAAUGUGAUCUUGCUCUACGACAGGUCUAAUGGUCAGACAACGCAGCUUUUCGGUGAAGAUGCAGUGCCAUUUGAGCAUGGGCGUCUUCGUCGAGUAGUCAUUCAGAAGGAUAUGAAUAGUCGUAUGAGCAUGGGUGGUGGAAGUGUUCAAUUCGAGUUUAUAUGGUAUCAAGAUUUCGCCAAAACGACUGCGAUAAUCAAAGAUCGAGAGUCCAUGACAAACGGUUGCGAGGAGGAUCCUCGCCUAGCCCUGACAGCUGAUGGGGUGGAAUCGGGCUCGCCUUCCCAAAUGCAGACCAGAAUCCACACCCCAGGCCCUCGACAGCUGAGAAUGAGAUACAUGAAGUGUGGCAGACUUGGAGCUGGACAGUUUGGAACUGUAUACAAGGCUCUCAAUCUCGACACAGGCAGGUUUCUCGCUGUUAAGAUAAUACAAAAGCCCGAGGACGCUUCAAAAGACGCAAGUUGGAAGCAGUCGUUGCGAUAUGCGUUGAAACGCGAAGUCGAGACUUUAUCCCGGAUCAGCCACCCGCACAUCAUCGAUUUUGUCACCUCUCAAGGCUGGGACGGACCCACCGCGGAGAUAUUCAUGGGCCUUAAGGACGGCACACUUCAAUCCUUGGUUCUCCAGUCUGAAGUCCGGACCAUAAACAACUUCGCCAAAUCGUCCUUCCACCAGAUUCUUAUGGCGAUACAUUUCUUGGCCGAGAACGGCAUUGUUCAUCGUGACGUGAAGCCGGAAAACAUUCUUUAUACUAUGCUACGGAGUGGGAACUCUAUUUUGUUCCAGCUCGGCGAUUUCGGCCUAUGCAAUCGCACUGUUGAUGCUCGCAGUUCUGUCGGGACUCCGCUGUACACUGCCCCGGAGGUUUACGACGGAGUCCAGUCACACAAAAUGGAUGUCUGGUCUCUUUUUGUAACAGUCGCAUGGACACUCAACUUUGACGGCUUUCGCCAGGGCUUAGAAUAUUUCACAUCAAUCCCGCAGGCCCGCCAAGCUGUCUUUUCCAUGGCAUCAAGGAUCCCGGAGAUCCAGGAAAUGGCGAGAAUCGAUCCAAACGAGCGCGCUUCCGCAGCGCAAAUGCUAGUCAAGUGCUUUGGUGGAGAAGGGCUUUUGAUUCAACGGAAUCGAGUCCCGCCACUUAGUCCACCAAAGCCGGAGGCCAGAGCCCAUCCUGAGUUACCUCCGACGCCUAUGCCUCAGGUCAAGCAUCGACCAGCGCUGGUCGAAUAG